AGUACACCAACUGCUCCGGAUGUAUUGCUUAGCAACAAGAAGGCAGCAGCUAGUCUUAGCUUAGCGGUUAGCUGCGUACUUAGCUUGUAAUCAAAGCAUAUUUAUAACUUAAAUAAAUAUGAAUACAAACAGAUAACGUUAGUGUAGUAAGCGCAGUAAGUAACGACGAGGUAAAAGAGGUCCAUCAAAACAACUUGAGACAGUUAAGUCAGUAUAUAAUAUAUACUUUAGUUAGCACAACACGAACACUAAGCUAGCUAGCUAGCUAGAUAUCCAAACAUCAGUUAGCGUUGUGUAGAGAUUAUUCCAGCCAUCAUGACUCUGGCAGUGGACCGGGAACCCAGAAAGACUGCGGGAAACCGCAUGUCAAAGUUACUGGAUGCUGAAGAAGAGGAUGAAUUCUACAAAACCACGUAUGGAGGCUUCAACGAUGAAUCAGGAGAUGACGAGUACCACGGAGAACAUUCAGACACAGAGGAUGAGGUGGACAGCGACUUUGACAUCGAUGAGGGCGACGAGCCAGACAGUGACAAGGAGGAUGAUGCACCUCGGAGGAAAUGUCGAGUGGUCACUAAAGCGUAUAAGGAACCAAUAAAGGUGGCAAAACCCAAACCCAAGAGACCCUCCGAGGAACUGAAGAAGACUGAGAAAGUUAAAGUGGAGCUCAAAAGGAGAAUUCCACAAGAAUUUCAAGAUUUUGCAGAGACUCGGAAGUCUGUGCGACAGUCCACCAGUGAACAUACCCGAAAGACCAAUCUGCGCUUGCAAGAGCGUCAGGAUGCCCCUCGGAGACGCAGAGGUGCUCAUCGGGACCGGCCCCUUACCCAGGAUGAACUGCUGGCGGAGGCCAAAAUAACAGCUGAGAUCAACAUUCGAUCUUUAGAGAACUAUGAACGUCUGGAGGCGGACAAGAAGAAACAAGUCCAUAAGAAGCGUCGUUUUGAAGGACCAACCAUCCGUUACCAUUCAGUCAUGAUGCCAUUAGUCUCUCACUCAGUCCUAAAAGAAGAAAACGUGGAUGUUGAAGGGUUGGAUCAGGACGUCCCUCAGACUGCACCACAAAAUCCCGCCACACCUUCCCAGCAGCCUGCCGGAGGCCUGUGCUCCCGUACCUACAUAACAUUCAGUGAGGACGAAGCUUUCGAGGCAUCCUUCCCACACAUCGACCAGUCGAGUCCUCCGCUGCCGGUCCAGGAGGUUUGUCCUGUCACCCACAAGGCCGCACUGUACCGAGACCCGGUCACUGAUAUACCUUACGCCAACACACGAGCCUUCCGCAUCAUCCGAGAAGCGUACCGCAAAUACGUGGCUGCACACGGAUUUCCAAACACUUCGGGUGCGGUGACGGGACUUGACUCUUCAGCAACAAAGGGUUCACGCCAUAAAAUGGUUGUCAAGCAGAGUGCUAUGGCAACAUAGAUUAGUUUAAAAACAUUUCAGGAAAUAGGUCUGUGCUUCUGUUUUGAAUUCAUUAGUUCAGUUAGAGGGACUUGAUCGAGUGACAUGAGGAAAAAACACAACCAGUUUCUGUUCAACCAUAUGGGGUAAAUACCUUUUCUUCACCCAGCUGUCUACAUCUCCAUACAAAGUAACCUUGGCACCAGAGAUGUAUUAUAAAAGUUGCAGAUGUUUUGGGAUUUAGUGGUCACUGUGAUUAAAGGGACAUUUCAGAUGUUUGGAAGUGGGGUUGUACGAGGUACUUAUCCAUAGUCGGUGUAUUACCUACAGUAGAUGGCGGUCGGCACGUUUGGAGAAACAGGCAACCAAAUCAGUUGGUAAAUUCCCUUAAACUGCAAAAAAGUCUUGUGUAUCUGUGUAUAGUAAUUCAUUUUGUACAUCAACACUCUGACAAAUCCAGGUUGAAUGGAUGAAAAACUACAGAUUGGCUUUGGAAGCGAAGUAGGUCUCCAUCUGCACAUUGGUAGCUUUUGAUUUAUUUUUGUUUUUAAUAAAAUGUCUUUUUUACGAUCAAUAUAUUUUAGUUUCUACAAAUGUACAUAUUUCUCAACAAAAAUAAAACUCUGCAUAAUUCAUACUA